UCGAAUUCCUCCGGGAGACGAUUGUUUUGCGAGCAAUUAGUCAGUUGAGGUUGAAAAUGACUGUAGAAUAGAGAACUGAAAUAAACAGAUUUUUUCUUUGUUGUUCUAAGUAGGAACUGUUUCACUGAAUAUUGUUUGUAUUCUGGAAUCACUGAAAUGUUUGUAGCUGCAGUUCUUGUUACGAGGGAAGAGAACGUUGCUGAAUCACGGCCGCUAACAACAUCGAAUCAUCUGAUAAUAUUAGGCCGCAGACAGUUCCGGUGAUGCUUAACUUGAGUCGGAUAGUACAAGCCUUCUGCAACGAAUAGAUGGAGUUCCAGGAUAAUGAACUGGAAAAUGAUGGUGACAAGCCAACUAUUUUACAGAUCGCGCAUGGUGUUUCCUUGAACGACGAAGGACAAGAAAGGAAGUCUAUCGAGGGAGUUUUUAUUAUUGAUGGAAAAGUUGAUAAUGAUUCGAAUGAACGUGGUCUCCAUGAUCAUGCAAGUCCCCAGGGUACUUCAGGAGACGGAGUCAAAAAGAAAGGGGAAGGAGUUUCUCAAACAGACUGUGAUCUAGAGACAUUACCCGCAGAGCCUGGAAGCUUACAUUUUGAAAAAUCUCCAGAUUCAGAUAAUGAGCACUCCAGUCACCCUGUCAACAUUAACAUGUCAUUGGGUUUAUCAAAGCCUGGAGAUGGUUUUUCCUCAAACGACUCAUCCUGUCUUAAUAGUCCCUUACUUUUGAAUUUCAAUGGGAUCACAUUGGAUUCCAUUUCUGCAAGUAAUGUUAACAUCAAUGUAUUAGUAAGAGAAUUUGAAACUUUGAAGGGAAAUUAUCAAAAUUUGCAAAAUGAUUAUAAGACAUCUUUAGAAAGAGAAAAGGAACUGUGUGAUAGGCUUCAAGAGUAUGGAGGCCAGGGUGACGAGUCAUGCAAUUCGCUAAUGAGUAUAAACAAUGAACUCCGGACAGAGCUGGAUAAUGUUUUAGGAGAACUGCGUACCUUGAGAUCUGAAAACAAGAGGCUACAAGAAACGUUGUCAAGCAAAAGUGGGACAGAAAUUGAUAAGAUUGAUCAUGUUGAGAAACUUGAGGAUAUCGUAAAAUUAGAAAAAGUUGUUUCAGAACUGGAGGCCAAUUGUAGAGAACUAGAAGAAGAUAGGGAUAAUGCCAGAGAGAAGUUAGCUGCUCAUGAUAUAGCUGCAAAGAGAGCCAUCACUGCCCUUCAGAAAGAGAUGGCUGUCAGAGUGGACCAGGUCACAAGAUCUAAUGAAGAAACUGUGAAAGAAAAAGAUUCUUUGCUGCUUAAGAUUGUCAAAAUAGAGGAAAGCUCAAGCAGUCAGAUGAAAAAAAUUGAAUCAUUAGAGAAAAAACUUGCUGAAAGUAAAAAGGAAAUCGAAAGACUAAAGACAAUUACAAGACAGAAAGAUAAUGAUUAUGCUAAAUGUCAGGGUUCUGUUUCUGAGAAAGAUCAAGAACUGGCCAAGUUGAAGGAGGAACUUGUAAAGCUCAAGGAUGAAGAGUCAUCUCAAUCAGUUAAAGUCAAGUGGGCACAAAAUAAGCUAAAACAAGAGCUUGAAGCACAUAAGGAAACAAAAACAAAGCUUGGACAGGCGAAUGCAAAGAUCGAGGAGAUGAAAGAAGAAGGCGAGCAAAUUAGAGCAGCUUGUCAGGAAAUGAUAAAGAAAUACCAGGAUUCAGAAGAAAUGCGAUCAGUUCGACUUGACAAAGAACUAAAAGAAAAAGACAAUGUUUUGAAAGUGCAUGAGCAUGAAAUUGCAGUUCAAGAUGAGAUCCACCGAAAACGGGCACAAGAAAUGGAGGCAUUGAAAGCUGAGCAUAGAAAAGCACUAAGCGAAAUUUCACAGCUUAAAACGACUGUGUCAAUGUUGGAAGGAAAGUUGUCAAAUUACUCGAUAAAGAAUUCUGAAAUGGAGAAAAGAAUAACACUCUUAAGCAAAAAGGAAGAAGAAUCGGUUCUUACUGACAAACUACUUAAUGAUGCCAACCAAGACUUGAAAGGGUACAAAGAACAAGUUACAUACUAUGUAGAGUUGGAAGAAAGACUCCGGAAACAGUUGCUGGAUGUUGAAAACGAGGUUAAAGACUGCAAGCAGAGAGAGGCUGAGCUACUCUCGUUCACUGAAAAACUGACAGAAAAUAACGCCAGUUGGAAAUCAAAAGCAUUUGAUUUCCAGUCAAGGAUUGAAACAAUGGAAAUUGAAAUGGCAGAGCUGCAAGGUUCUCUGAAGGAUUCCCACUCAAAUCAAAAGGAUCAUAAUACAGCAUUACGAAAACAAAGGGAAGAGUUUGAGAAUGCCUUAGAAGAGUUGGUAAUGCAAGUUGAGCAAAAACGCAAGCUUGUGGAAGAAUUGACGUUGGGAUUAGAAGAAGCUCAAGACGAAGUGAAAGUUCAGAAGAGGAAAAAUACGUCAACAAUUAAGGAUUUGCAAAGGCAGCUUCAGCAAUCGAAAAAACGUAUCGAGCAACUAGAAGAAUGUCUAUCGAAUUCUCAAGAUGGCCUUCCCUUAAAAUCGAGAGCUUCCUCAAACAGUUCUUUGGAUCGGUUGUCGAAUGAUUCUGGCAACCAGCCACCAGCAAGUGUUCAAACAAAUGGUGGUAAUACUAGCACAGUUUCCAAUCCAGCAUUUCAGGGUUUCAAUACUUACAAUGGGGAGUACAGCAUCGUACAGCCGCGCCAUAAUCGUGUACAGUCAGGUGAAAUUGAAGUUGACAAGGCUGUUCUCGUUGAUCGAAUAUGUCGACUGCAAAAAGCACACGCGAAAAAGAACGAAAGAAUUGAGUUUCUCGAAGAACACAACAAAUCUUUGGUCGAGGACAUCAAAAAGAAAAAUAGAAUUGUACAGUUUUAUGUAACAAGGGAAGAGUCUGGCACGCUGGUUCCGAGCAGGUUCGAUAAAAACAAAGUUGAAAUGACCAGAAAAGGAGGCAUUAUGGCUUCUGUAUAUUCAUCACGGGUCUCAGACAAAGACAUGACACUUGAUUUGUCACUUGAAAUAAACAGAAAAUUCCAAUCAGUUCUUGAGGACACACUUCUAAAAAAUAUCACACUUAAGGAAAGCAUCAAUACCCUUGGCACAGAAAUUGCUAGGCUCCAAGACGAUCUCAAGAAAAACAGAAAGUAGAGACCGGUAUCAAAUUUAAGUAGAAUAAUCAAAUUGAAGUGGAUUGAUAAUCACGGUUAUUUAAUCAAAAAAUUCUCCUUAGCACUUCUCGAUUCGCAAUCAGCAGUAUUCUGUAUUUAAAUGAACUGGAGCUCAGCAAUAAGAAAAUCCCCAUUUGUUGGGGAGGCCAGCAAGAAAAAUGCCUCUAAUGAGUAAGGUAGCCCACCGUCCUUUAGUUCAAGAGCAUUUUCAAGGAACGAAGUCGUUAUUACGCAUUCUAUUUGUCUACAAGAAGGAGGGUUGCCACGUUAAUUUAAAGUUAUAUAUCGAAGUCUAUUCUGCGAAGAAUGUGUAUUGCAUAAUGGGUAAUCCAAAACUGUUGAUUGACAACUGCCAGGAAACUGGCGUACAACGUGUAAUGGGAGAGAUUUUAAGGGCAAGAUUCUUCCCUUGAAGGACCCUAAUUUUAAUUGGAAGUAUUCCAACUCCGUUAUUUGUAUCAAUCUAUUUAUUAUAUGUAAAAGCUCGUUCUCGUAAUACUUUCUAGUAAAAAGCCAUUUUGUUGGGACUUAGGGGCUGACUAGAUCAUGUUUAAUAUUUGUUAGAAGUUUUAAGAGGAUCAUGAAGGGGGAUCAUGAUCCCAGUUCUCAGGCGUUUUGUAGGCAAAAUCCCAUGCCAUUCGUUGUUAAGUGCUCCUUCGCAGUUUGGUCGCAAAAGUUCAAACAUUCAAUGCGUUGUUCAUCCCAAAUCCCAGAACCAUUUCCAAGCUUAAGGAUGAUCUCCUAAUCUCAGCUGCCUUCAUCCAAGUGUCCAAUGCCGAAACAAGCGGACCCCAUUUCCAAGUUUACCCUUCAGGACCCUCUUUCAAGAUUGAAGUAAGAAGAUAACUGCUGCGAAGUGAUAUAUUUACGGUCGGCUGAAUUUGAAAGUAUUUUAUUUCUUUUGGAAUGUCGUGUUUGGCCAUUUCUGUAGUAGCUUUUAUAGUUUAAAGUUACAGUUUACUCUGUUACGUAAUAUUCCAUUAUGGCUUACGGCUAAGCUAAGGAUAAUAAUUGUUGUUAAACACAACAUCGAGUGCUUCUAACAUUUUCACUUACUCUUGUUACGUCACGUUGUUCUGGGAACAGGUUUCUAUAGGCAACAUCCCUUGUAUACAGACAGUUGCCCGCAAAUGCUCGUUUGGUUUUGCAAGUUUAUUCGUUUGUUAUUAGGAUACCAGUUCGCAGUCUUGUGGCAUCGGCCAUUGGGCUAUUGUAGUGGAAACAAAACAAUAAAUUUUAGGCCACGUCAUUUUACUGCCAGGAAACGCCCUUUUACCAAAUUUUUACUCAUAGAAAACGUCCAUGACUGUGUUUUUACAUCACGAUUAAUUUGUUGCCAAAAUAUUGCCCCUACCCGAACAUUUCCUCGUCGAAUUUAGAUGAAAAGCAACGUCGAUCCUGCCCAGAAGGGAAGGGGGACAAUCCUUGUAUGUAGUUUGUUAUAAAUUUAUCAAUUUCAGUCCGUUUUUCUGCAUACUAGAAAUUCAGUGGCUGUUUAAUCUGCUACCGACAAGUGCAAUGCUCCUCUGUCACAAUUACUUAGAUUUUUUCAGCCCUUAUAGGACUCGCUGUCUCGAUAUUAGAUUAAAAUGUCUAUAGACGAAUAAAUAUGCCGUAGGGAUCUUCAAUGAUAUUGUAUUUAUGAAAUUUAAGUAGAUGCGUUGCAAUCGUUAUGCCUUAAUGAUAGAAUUUACAUGCAAUUUUCCUAUUUUGUAUAUCACAUAUGAUUUUUUGUCUAUGAUUUCAUCAGAUAGCAUCCAUGAAUAUUGGGGUUUGUUAACAA